AGCCUAUGGCAAAGUUCUAUGAAGAGGUAGAGAUUAAGUUCAUACAGCAAAAGUGGACAUGUUUGGAUUUCCAACAGCUACCCUGCUGGACUGUCAUGGAAGAUAUGCCCAGAAUGUAGCGUUUUUCAAUGUGAUGACAGAAGCCCACCACAAAUAUGAUCCCUCUGAGGCCACAGGAUCCUCAAGCUGGGAUUUCCAGAGUUCUUUCAGAAGAGAGAAGCUAGAACAAAAAUCCCCAGAUUCUAAGACACUUCCUGAAGAUUCAUCUGGAGUAAGACAAAAGGUAUAUGAUUGCCAGGAAUGUGGAAAAUCAUUUAGGCAAAAAGGUAGUCUAACGUUGCAUGAAAGAAUCCACACUGGUCAAAAGCCCUUUGAGUGUACCCACUGUGGAAAAAGCUUCAGGGCCAAAGGAAAUCUUGUUACACAUCAGCGAAUACACACAGGAGAGAAGCCAUAUGAGUGCAAAGAGUGUGGGAAAAGCUUUAGUCAACGAGGUAGUCUGGCUGUUCAUGAGAGACUCCACACUGGACAGAAACCCUAUGAGUGUCUUAUUUGUCAGAGAAGCUUCAGGAAUCAAAGUAACCUUGCUGUUCAUAGAAGAGUUCAUAGUGGUGAGAAACCCUACAGGUGUGAUCAAUGUGGAAAAGCCUUCAGUCAGAAAGGAAGCUUGAUUGUUCACAUCAGAGUUCACACAGGCCUGAAACCCUAUGCCUGUUCACAGUGCAGGAAGAGUUUCCACACUAGAGGCAACUGUAUUUUACAUGGCAAAAUACACACAGGAGAGACACCCUAUCUGUGUGGCCAGUGUGGAAAAAGCUUCACUCAGAGAGGAAGUCUGGCCAUGCACCAACGAAGCUGCUCACGAAGGCUAACUCUUUGACCAGCCUCUUCAAAGGAAAUUUAUCUUUAUGAAUUAACUGUACAGAAUCUUCUAAAAUCAAGCCUAUCCAAUUCUUGGAAUGAAUGGAAAAUCUUUCAGAAAAGCUGUCAUUUGGCAGAGCAAACUCAUUUCUCCCAAGUCUGGAAAAUAAAUGUUUAUUAUCAUUAUC